GUGAGAGGCCUAUCUAUGUGGGAAUGUAAGGUUCUUUGUGAGGCGAGGCAAAGGCGCUCUCCUCCUCUUUUCCAAAGGGAGAAGGCUCAAGAAGACCCAAGAAGAGCUCGCAGCCGGGGAACGGAAAAACGUUUGUGGGGCGGAGCGGAAAAGGAGGAGCUUAUUUGCGCAGGGAAGGCGGAACCUUUGGCGCGAGGCGCUUGUUUCCGGAGGAGAUGAUCAUAGAGGGCUCUCUCCUCCAACUCUAUGGUUGUUUUUUCCCCUCCGGAGGGCCUUCAGUGUGGGACUCGCCGGCGGACCUGUAUAUGGCUGCUGAGGAUGGAGAUAAAGAACAUUAACCAGAAGUAGACACUAGUACUUUUAUUCGGACAAGAAAAGCUGUUUAACAUAGUCCUGGUUUCUGAGGCUGCUGUUAUGCCUUUCUCUCUCAAGGUGUUGGACAGUGUCCAUCUUUUAAAUAAAUGCCAUUGGCAAAAUGGCAUGUUUCCCUUGUUUAGACCUCUUGUUGAUGGCUGCAGUCCCAACUGCUACAGCAGCUAUAAGAGACCAGGGACACCUCCUGAUAAGACCCCACCAUGGAAGAAAAUUAACUUCAGUUUUCAGAAGGGAGUGGAAGGAAUCAAGAGUAAUUUUGCACGUUUAUCAAAGGAAAUAGCUGACCAUGUAAAAGGGCCAGAGGGACGUCCACUUUCAGAAUAUGUGCUGCAACAGACAAAAGUUGUUUGGGAGUUUCGUACUGAAGAAGACUUGAAAAAAUGGGUAAUUUCUUCUGAUGCCGAAAUUGGAGGAAAAAGUGAAAUUUGCUUAAAACUAGGCAAAAACAACCAGUCUGCUGUGCUGUAUGGGACCCUGAAUACUACAGUACCUCGUGAUGGAGAAACAAGGUACAGUGGCUAUUGCUCCAUGAGAUCAAAACCACGGCUGGUUGCUUUUGAUCGAAAGAGCCCUUAUGAUUGGUCAACUUUCAACACCUUACAUCUGCGUGUUCGUGGUGAUGGUAGACCCUGGAUGAUAAACAUCUAUACAGAUCCAUACUUCUCUCACCAGAAAGAUGACCUCUAUAGUUACUUCAUGUUCACACGAGGGGGCCCCUAUUGGGAAGAAAUCAAGAUUCCAUUUUCUAAGUUCUUUUUUUCAAGCCGAGGAAGAAUCCAGGAUAGCCAGCAUGAGCUUUGGUUAGAUAAGAUAAGUACUUUAGGAUUAACUGUAGGAGACAAGGUAGAUGGUCCAUUCCAGCUGGAGAUCGACUACAUCGGAUUAAUUCAAGACAGAGCACAUACAGAGGAAUGUGCUUAUGAGCUAUAUGAAAAAAAUCCCAGAAAGUAGAAUGCAUUAAGCAUUUGAAGGAAUACUGUUCAACUACUGUGGACACCCUAAACUCACACAGCUGCAAAAGUUAAUUAUAUAUUUGAAAUCAUAUAGCACAGUAUAUUGUUAAUAACCAUGUUUUAAUUAACAAUGAAUUAAAAACUGAAUAAUAUGAGUCUAAAA